GUUGGUGUACAGCGGGAUUCUCCCGUCCGUUGUGUAAGUGCUCCAUCGGCCAUAUUGCGUGAUAGCCGACGCGGGGUCACCCCGUCUUCAUCUCCAACGGCGAUAUGUGAUCAUCGCCAUGGGAGAGUAAUACAUAAACACUGAUAGGCCAGUAUUUAAUCCCCAGAAACCACCUCUAUCCAAUAUUCCCAGGUCAAAUUUACUGGUUGAAGAUACCCAAAAUGUCAGACUCUAAGAAACCUGAGGUCAACCCAGACUACGACCUCGACCAACCCAUCACAUCGAAAGUCGGCCUACGUCAAGGCCUCGCCUCCUACGGCGAUCCUCACUUCUCCCUCUUCCUCCGCAAAGUCUUCAUUAAAGCCCUCGGCUACAGCGAAGAUGCACUCUCACGCCCAAUCAUUGGAAUCGUGAAUACAUACUCCAGCUUCAACCCCUGCCAUGCCAACAUUCCUCAGCUCAUUGAUGCUGUCAAGAGAGGCGUUCAGCUCAAUGGCGGGUUGGCGAUUGACUUUCCUACUAUUAGUAUCCAUGAGAGCUUCUCAUCGCCGACGAGUAUGUAUUUGAGGAAUUUGAUGAGCAUGGAUACCGAGGAGAUGAUUGCGGCGCAGCCUUGUGAUGCUGUUGUGUUGAUUGGUGGAUGUGAUAAGACUACGCCUGCUCAAUUGAUGGGAGGUAUCUCGGCAAACAAACCUAUCCUCCAUCUAGUUACUGGUCCAAUGAUGCCCGGUAGCCAUCGCGGAGUGCGCAUUGGAGCUUGUACUGACUGUCGUAACAACUGGGCCAAGUACAGAGCUGGAACUCUUGAUAUCGAAGAUAUUUCAGCUAUCAACGAUGAGCUAGCGCCAACUGGAGGAACUUGUGGAGUCAUGGGCACAGCAUCUACCAUGGCUGCUAUUCUCGUUGGUCUGGGAAUGAUGCCUUUUGCUGGCGCCACUGCCCCAGCUGUAUCGGCGACAAGAUUACGGAUUGCAGAAGCCACAGGAGGACUAGCCGUUGCAGCAUGCAAGGACGUUGAACGCCUGCGGCCACAAGUUUUACUGUCCCGGGAGUCAUUCUUAAACGCCAUCACUGUACUACAGGCAAUUGGCGGCUCAACGAAUGCUGUGGUCCACCUGAUGGCUAUCAUCGGACGCCACCCCAAAGUUGCAGGUACAAUAACAUUGGAGACCAUCGACGAAAUUGGUCGCAAGACACCGUUGCUGGUUGAUCUGAAACCAAGUGGUGAUAACUAUAUGACAGACUUCCAUAACUCAGGCGGUAUGCUCGCUUUGUUCCAUGAACUCAAGCCUCUGCUUCAUCUCGAUGCAUUGACAGUCACUGGCCGAACGCUAGGAGAAGAAAUUGCUCACAACUCUCUCAUCCCCGUUCCUCGAGAACUAAGUGUCAUUCAACCAUUUGAUAAGCCAUUAUAUCCAGCAUCUUCUCUGGUAGUGCUGAAAGGUAAUCUAGCCCCAGGAGGUGCUGUCAUGAAGGCCAGUGCUUCCAAGUACAGAAAACUACUACAGCACACCGGAAAAGCUGUCGUUUUCGCAAACUCUGCAGACAUGGCAGAGAGGAUAGAUGAUCCUGAACUGGACGUAACGCCCGAUAGUGUCCUGGUCCUUCAGAACAUUGGCCCAAUUGGAAACCCUGGUAUGCCAGAGGCAGGCAUGAUCCCUAUCCCCAGAAAGAUUGCCUCUCAGGGAGUGUUAGACAUGCUGCGUCUAUCAGACGGCCGCAUGAGUGGAACAGCAGGUGGAACAAUUGGUCUUCACAUCUCCCCAGAAUCAGCCGACCCCAAAUCUCCGCUUGGCAUCGUCAGGAAUGGAGAUCUUAUCACACUGGAUGUUGAAAAGAGGCAACUAUCUGUUGAUCUGUCUGAUGAAGAAAUAUCACAGAGAAUCCAGGAGAGACUCAAGACCUUCCAGCAAGCCGAGGGUGCUGCAACACCAUGGGUGAAGAGAGAAGCAAUGAGAGGUUACCGAGGGUUAUACAUGAGGAGCGUGAAUCAGGCUCAGCUAGGCGCUGAUUUUGACUUUUUGACUGCUGAGGGGCCGCAAAAGUCUAAAGACUGAUAUAUAGGUUUAGAUUGAGUCUGUUGGGAUAAGGCCCUGGAAUAGGUCGCGAACAAUGUUAUCGAGAUUUGUCGACUCAGUUGGCUCGAAGUAUUCCGCGAAUGUCUCGUUAAGCAGGCCCUCGUAGAAUUGGUUCUGCAUGAAACCCAUAUCGUCGUCCAUAUUAAUGUGUGAUGAAGAUCCCGAGAUAUUAUUGAAGUCCUGCCCUAAACUCUCCCACGCAUCUGCCGAGAGUGUGGGAUCAAUUACCUGUUCGUUGACUUGUGGUGCAGAACGGUCACGCAAACCCUCCGAUCGCCUGUUCUUCUCUCGGAUGUAUCGAACAGUUGAUUUUCCCAGGCUAUCCAAAAUGUCGCGACUGUGUUUGGCGCCAGACCAAUGUUCGCCUGUAGCACCCAGAAUGCUGAGGGAU